GCGCCGUUGGCAGCAGUCUGUUUACAGCUCGCAUCGCGUAAAAUAGUAAUAAUUUGUUUGCGGCGCGUUUUUUCCCGAGCGAGAGCCGAGAGAGAGAGAAAGAGAGAGAGAAAGAAGCUUGAUAAGCACGGUGUGCGAUAUCCAGGUCGAAUGGGCGUGUGAAACUAGUGUUCCGCGACUCUAUAAAAGCUAUAUCUUUCUCCAAGAAUUCUCCCCGUCAAUGGACGCGAGCAGCGAGCAGCCGGCCGCGAUCGCGGCCGAGCCCGUCGUCUCUAGCAACGAGCAGGAGCACAAUGACGAGGCAAUGGAGGAGACGGAGGAGUACAGUUACGAAGGGGACGAUUACAGGCAUUUCAUGCCGCGUGGACGCGGCGGUUUUCGGGGUCGUGGCAGAGGUGGGUUUGAUUUCCCUAUGAGGGGCGGUGGGCCUCCAAGGUUUCGGGGAAGAGGAUUUGGACCACGUGGACCAAUGUUUCGUGGAGCAAACAAUGGAUUUCCCUUUGAGGGUCCACCUAGGCCAAAUUGUCCACCUGGCCCAGCAGGACCAAGGUUUCGAGGACCGCCACCAUUUGAUCCUAGUUGGGGACCUAUGGGACCACCAAAUCUCAUGGGGCCUCCUAAUUUGAUGGGACCUCCAGGAAUGCCACCACCACACAUGAUGAAUGGGCCUAUUGGUACAGGACCUGGUCCAUAUGGGCCACCUCCUGGAAUGGGACCACCUAAUAUGAACAGCAUUCCAGGACAGCAACAGCCACAACAGCAAUCACAGCAGCAAGCAAACAUUCCAGGUCUAGAUCUCAAUGGAGAAGUGUGGGUAGAGACAAAAGCGGCUGACGGCAAGUCGUAUUAUUACAAUAUUCGUACGAGAGAUACUACAUGGACUAAACCAGAGGGACCAAAUGUGAAGGUCAUGGUACAAGAUCAGUUAGAGCAGUUUAGUACAUGGGCAUCGAAACAAGCGACAGCACGUUCUACCACACCUACUUCAUCAAGUAGUACACAUCAGAUUAGUGAAAAUAGAAUUUCUCAAGGUGAACAAUCAUCUUCUAGUAAUGCAGAUGCACUCAAUCAGUUAAGUACAGCACCUCCUGGUACCACCCCACCGGGCCCCUCUACAUUGAACGAUACAUCAGAUGUCAAUAAUCAAGCAUCUGAAACAAAUCAAUCUAAUGGCACAGCACCCGCGACGGUUACUAACACGCCACCAAUAAAUACACCGACUGUAACCACGAACAUGAUGCAGCCGCCGCCAAAUAUGAUACCUAUGCAACAUAGAAUGCCAAAUCAGUUUGGCGGUCCGAUUGCCACGCAGUUCGGAGCAGCACCUUUUGGAAUGCCACCACCGGGUUUCCAGCCCUUUGGCGGUUAUGGACCACCGCAAGCAAAUUGGGGUAUGCCACAAAUGCCCCACGGUGUAAUGGCACCUCAAGUAACUGCUGAAGAUCCUGCUAUACUUGCACAACUUGAUUCUGAAUUAGUUGCUGCUGCAAUGGUUUGGACUGAGCAUCGUGCACCUGAUGGCAGAUUGUAUUACUACAACAGUAAAGCAGGAGAGUCAGUAUGGGAAAAGCCACAACCUUUAAAGGAUUUAGAAAAUGCAAAAUUGGCAUUACGGCAGAAUGAGGAACCAAAUACUAUUCCUACAAGUACUGUCGUUACAACCACUACUGUUACCAAUAACAGUGCCGUGGCCGAGCCUAAUAAGCCAGAGAAGCCACAAGAGAACGCGCAUGAAACCAAAGAUAGUACAAAAGAUGCGGAUAGCGCUAAGCCUAAGAAGGAAGAAAACGUCGCAAAGGAACCUGCGAAACCUCAAGACAAGUCUAGACCUAUUUCUAGUACACCAGUGCCUGGAACUCCCUGGUGCGUCGUUUGGACGGGAGACGGACGAGUAUUUUUCUAUAAUCCUUCUUCGCGAAUAUCAGUCUGGGAAAGGCCAGACGAUCUUAUUGGCCGUCAGGAUGUGGAUAAGAUGAUAUCAACUCCACCAGAUGCGGUCGGUACCACGAAGCCAGCACGUCAAUCGGAUACUAGUGAAAGCAGUGAUGACGAUCAACCUACACCAUCUAAAAAAAAAAGCUAAAAAAUAAAGCAUGACGAUAUCAAAGUAUGAUAUUGUUCAACACUAAAUAUGACAAUUGCUGUAUUUUUUAAAUUAAAAUUUUAUAUUACUUUUUUUAGCUACCCCUAUAAAGAAGAAGGAGAGAAGGAAGAGAAGAAGACCAUCGACAUCGGUAAGGAAGCUGCCAUCGAGGCCGAGGUGAGAGCAGCAAGGGAGAGAGCCAUAGUUCCGUUGGAGACCAGGAUCAAAUCAUUCAGAGAUAUGCUUGCAGAGAAAGAUGUAUCUGCGUUUAGUACUUGGGAAAAGAACUUCAUAAAUAGUAUUGAUCCACGUUACUUACUUCUAACAUCCAAGGAAAGGAAACAGGUCUUUGAAAAGUAUGUGAAGGAGAGAGCUGAAGAAGAAAGGCGGGAGAAGAGGAAUAAAAUGAAAGAACGAAAAGAACAAUUUCAGAAGCUUUUAGAAGAGGCUGGACUUCAUGGAAAAUCAUCAUUUAGUGAUUUUGCUCAAAAACACGGAAGGGAUGAACGAUUUAAGAAUGUAGAAAAGAUGCGUGAACGAGAAAGCCUUUUCAACGAAUAUCUUCUGGAAGUGCGAAAAAAGGAGAAAGAGGAAAAAACAGCCAAACGAGAACAGGUGAAAAAGGAAUUCUUUGCGAUGCUACGUGAGCACAAAGACAUCGACAGGCAUUCGCAUUGGAGCGAUUGUAAAAAAUUGGAAUCGGAUUGGAGAUACAGAGUCGUAGAGUCGGCGAGCACGCGGGAAGAUUGGUUUAGAGAUUAUGUUCGCAUACUGAAGGAUGAGCGGAAAAAGGAGAAGGAGAAAGACAAAGAUCAUCGACACAGAGAAAAAGAUCACAAGACGGAGAAGAAGGAUAGGGACCGUAAGGAUUCGGACAAAGGUAAAGAGACGAAGUCUAAUAAAGACAGAAUUGACAAGGAUAAUACAAAGGAAAAGCAACGAAAGAGCGAAGCACCUUCGGAGGAAAAUGGAAAGGAGAAGAAGGAGACGGUGAUGGAGAAAGAGAUCGGGGAAAUUGAAGAAAAUGACGAGAAAAGUGCAAAAAAAGAGAACGAUAAGGAAGAGGGGGAUGAUCAUUCUGAUUCAGAGGAGGAUCGUGAGAAACAAAAAAGAGACCGUGAACGACGGGCGGAAGCCAGUCUUCGAGAAAGAGAACGAGAAGUGCAAAGGACCCUCGCUACGCAUCUUCGUGAUAGAGAUAAAGAGAGACAGCAUCACCGUCACACAGAGGCGGUUCAACAUUUUAGUGCUCUUCUCGCCGACUUGGUAAGAAAUGGUGACCUGGCAUGGAGAGAAGCAAAACGACAACUUAGAAAAGAUCAUAGAUGGGAGCUUGCUGAAAGUUUAGAUCGUGAGGAGAAAGAACGAUUGUUUAAUGAACACAUCGAGCAAUUAGGCCGCAAAAAACGUGACAAAUUUCGAGAAUUGCUCGACGAGGUAGGCGCAUCAACUGAAUUAACGGCAUCCUGGAAGGACAUUAAGAAAUUGUUAAAGGAUGAUCCUAGAUAUUUGAAAUUUUCUUCCAGUGACCGGAAAUGCGAGAAGGAGUUUAAGGAGUAUAUUAAGGACAAACUUGUUGCUGCCAAAGCUGAUUUUAGAGAACUUCUACAGGAAACGAAACUAAUCACUGAUAAAACGUACAAAAAAGUUCAAGAAAAUAGCUCGCAUCUAGCAGAAAUCGAGGAAAUUCUUAGAAAAGAUCGAAGAUUUCUCGUACUCGAAGCUGCCGCUACCGAACGGACUCGGUUAUUAAUGGGUUAUCUAGAAGAGCUAGCACGCAGAGGUCCUCCACCACCUCCGACUGCUUCGGAACCAUCGAGAAGACCAACUACAAAUUGAAGAAUGGUCUACAUCGAAAUAUGAUGUUACAGUAACACAAAAUGAAUGAAUUUAUAGGUGUAGUUAAAUUGAACUUUACACAAGAUUUUAUUGCCUGUAUAGGAUUCAAUAAAAUUAAUGAAUGCCAAUUCUA